GUUACUCCAAAGGCCAUCUCUAUUAGAAGAAACAUCUGUUUUUGUUAUCUAGGCCGCACUUUGAUCAGCCUUUGAAUAAAAUAUGUUAAAGUCAACAUUCCAAUAACCCCAAUCAGCAUGGACUUUCGGAAUGCCCGUGCCCGGCAGCCGGAGAUUGUCCGAUCCGUGCAGAAGGAUGCCCGGUACACCAACGAGUUGGCUGAGGAUUUCUCGGAUGUCCUCCGGCUCACCGGUCCACGGAACUGGAUCAAGUACAACCAGAUGUGCAGGCUAUUGGCGGAGCUCAGUUACCACGGAUUCGCAUCGGCCAACAGCCUCCAGACACUCGGCGAGGAGUACACAGGAAUCAUACAGGUUGAUGGCAACUACAAGCAGAUUCCCAGUAGAUUGCUACAACUUAUAUCCAUUGUCUUGGAGUUUGGUGGCGACUCCCUGUUCCAGCGACUGCUGCAAAAAUUGGACACAUAUGUGGCAAACCACGAGGAGAUCCGACCCGAGGUCAAACCGCAGCUUAAGAAGGUUAUCCAACGGUUGAGGCAUUCGCCCAGCUAUGUGAAGGCCCUGCACAAGUCGCUCUUCUAUUUGGACGCCAGAAAAUACCAACUGUCCAAGCGCACUACUGGCAUCAACUACGUGCUCAUCCGCCACUGGCUACAGCCGGAAUUCUCGCUGUACGGCUACAAGAUCCUGGGGAUAAUCACAUUCCUGCAGGUAAGCGUUUCGUUGGCCAUCAGUGGCUGGGACGCCUGGCUAGAGCACAAGCGGCAGCAGUUGGAGGCGAUUAAGCAGGCCGGGAAGAAAUUCCUGCAACGAGGAUCGAGUGCACAGAGCGCAGAUCCUGAUGCUCCACAAUGCAUCCUAUGUCUGGAGCCACGUUCCAACAGCAGUCUGACACCCUGCGGGCACAUCUUCUGCUGGAGCUGCCUGCUCGAGUGGCUGGAGGAGCGGGAUGAGUGUCCCUUGUGCCGGGAGUCGCUGAAAAAGUCACAAGUGAUACCACUACAGAACUAUGCUUAAGGAUAAAUUUAAGAUUUGCCAUUGAUUUGUAUAGUCUUUUUAUAUGUACAUGUAUUAUUCAUCUAAAAGAAAAAAAAGAAGACGAAUUGGUCAGAGAGUUUAUUUUUAUAUUGUUUAUUUUGUUUAUAUUGGUAGGUACACUUAUUGUAAAUAAUGAUCUUAGGUUAAGGCAAAUAAAAUGUUGUUAGCAAA